GCAAAAUUCCCAAUACAAUACCUAACCCCCCUUUUCAAUCUGCACAAAUUCGUGACAAUUAGGGUUUUGCUUUGAUCGAUCCAAAAGAUGGGUGGAGGCAACGCUCAGAAAUCCAAGACAGCUCGCGAGAAAAACUUGGAGAAGAACAAGCCAUCUAAAGGAAGCCAAUUGGAUGCAAAUAAAAAAGCCAUGAGUAUCCAGUGCAAGGUAUGCAUGCAGACAUUUAUGUGUACAACUACAGAGGUGAAAUGCCGAGAGCAUGCUGAAAAUAAGCACCCAAAAAGCGACAUCGGUGUAUGUUUUCCACACCUUAAGAAAUGACCCCCUGAUGGUUGUAUGUAAGCUAAUCUAAAGAUGGGAAGUUGUCCAAACCGAAAUAAAAACGAAAAGGAAGUUUGCGGAUUGUAUUUCUUUACCAAGUUAUCUGGUGUAUAUCAAAUGAUAGUGUCUUAAAAUUCUCGAGAACAGUUGCCUUCAAUUGUUGGGAUUAUUCUGUGUGAAACUUAUUUUUAAUUGAUCUUGUCUUUCUUGAA